CGUCAGCAAUAGUUAAUUACUAUUUGCUGAGGACUUGUUUAUAUAUUUAAAACUAACUACAAAUGCUAGGCUUAGAAAUAUAUAUUUGUAAACAAUUUUAAAGUCGAACAACAAUGUUUAACAUUAGUCAAGUGAUAGAUGCGAACAGCAUCAAGCUCGAAACGGUGGACCUGCAGUUCGCAACGGAGCAAUUGAAUUGGCCGCAGACAAGAAACAGAACAGAGCAACAGCAGGACAGGAUUUGCAACUGGCAAAUAUCAAAGGAGCAGCUUGACACGAGCUCCGAAGGAACAGAGCUUAUGUCCGAAUUCGAUAUGGAACUGGAUAGGCGAAAAGCCCCAUCAUUGCAGCGACUGGGCAAAAGAAAUACACAAAAUACGUUGGAAAGGGAUACGAAGUUGCCAGAUGUCUUUCGAUAUUUUGGCAAUAUUGAAAGAAUAAAGGAACCUAGUGCCAAGCCGGGUGCAAUAAGUGCCACCUGCAAUGCCUGUCAAACCCGCAUCAAAGGCUUUCUCACGGUCACCUCGAAUUUCAUCAAACAUUUGCGCGUGAGGCAUUCGAAAAUUCAUGCUGCCUUCGUUGGAUCCAAAUACGGUCCAGAGACACCGGAAGAGCAGCAGAAUGACUCAUUCGAGCAGCGCGUAAUGUGCUAUAUAAUAGAUAAUGCAUUGCCCUUAACGACAGUUGAGACACUCAGCUUUCGCAAUCUGUUCAAGAAUACCAAUUUGCGUGUGAUGAGCCAUGCGAAAUUGAAAAGUCGCUUGGAUGAGCGCUUUGAGCAAAUGCUUGGCAAUAUUAAGAAGCUGCUUGCCAGCCAGAAAUAUGUUUGCAUCACCACAGAUAUUUGCUCAAAUAGCAGCGAGUGCAAGUAUUUUGGAUACAGUUGUCAUUGGCUGGAUAAAAAGUAUCAAAGGCACUCAGUUGCCCUGGCCUGCAGGAGAUUUUCUGGUGAUCAUGCUCAAAUAUUGGAGAUGAUUAGUAAAAUUAACGAUGACUACGAAUUUAAUAAUUUAAAAAUUGUGGGAGCAAUUACAAACAAUGAUACAAAUUGCACAAUAGCCUUUCAAGAAUUUGGCAUAGAUUUAAGAAGAGAUACAAUCGUUGAAGAUGAAAGCAGCUACGAGGCUCAUAAGGAGUUAAGGGAACUCAUCUGCGAUGCCUUACCAAAUCGAAUACAGUGUACGGGCGAAAUACUAAAUCUUUUAGCCUCUACAGAUUUUUUGGAAUUGCUCUCUAAGGAUAAGAACUUAAAGGAGCGUCACUUGAAGAUUAUGGCCAAAUGUAGUGCAUUGUGGCGUAAAUGUUUUUGUACUCAAUCGGCUCAGAUCGUUGCCACAGUCUUGGACGAUGCUUUGGUAUGUCCCUCGAGAAAUCGUUGGUUCUCCAUAUACGAUAGCAUUUGCUGUCUAUUGCUGCAUAAGGACAGACUAGCUGAGCUCUGCAGUCGUUUGGCUUUGCAUAACUCCUGCUUCUCAGUGAGUGAUUUGCAAUAUCUGGACGAAUAUCGUAUUCUAAUGUCGCCCAUAGCAACGACCAUUGAGUUUCUGCGCAUGGAAAGCAAUUUAUAUUAUGGCUGUCUAAUACCCGCCUUGACAUCGCUUUGCGUUAAGCUGAAAAGAGUCUCGGAUGCCUUAGAACUCAGCGACUUGAAAACUUUGGCAUUUGAGCUACAGUUAAAACUGAAGCAACGAUUCUCUGACUAUAUUCUACUGGCUGAAGAUGCAAACAGUGCAAUUAUUGCAUCUGUUCUGUGUCCUGGUAUAAAAAUGCGUUGGUUUAAUGUCUUGGCCAAGGUUUCGGCACUCGAACAGCGCAGCGCGAAGGAAAUACAUCAAAUAGUUAUUGCUGAGGCUGUGCGGCAUGCGAAGGCCACCGAGAAUGUCUGUCAAAGUGCUAUGGAAGCGGCUUAUAUAACGCGCAAGGACGAUUUCUAUGAAUUCGAUGAAAUGGAUGAUGUUUGUGAGACAAGCGAUUUGGAUAUGUCGCAACCUUCGCCUCUGCCAGCUGCUACGAAGUUAUUGGAGGAUGCUGAAGCACAGCUUCUGAGUUAUCUUAAAGAUCCAGGAACCACAUUUGAGGCGCUCGAAAAGUAUCCUCUAUUGCAAGACUUAGCACGCAAAUACAAUACGCCUUUAACUUCGACUCUUGAAGGAGGCUUGUCAGACCUGUAUACUAACAGAUAUAAUCCAAUAACCGAUCUAGCUGACUACUCAGUAGAAAAACUAAUCCUACUAAAGGCUAACUAUAAUUUUUGAGCAAUGCAAGUUAAUAAUUGGUUAACAAAAUAUAAGAUGAGCGAUUUUUUCUAAUGCUCUUUAUUUGAUUUUAUGCAAACUGGAAAUCAAUUUUAUGCAAAGGAGUCAAAUUGCACGUAAUAUUAUUGGAAGGCGGUUUCUGAAUAGUGCAAAGCUGCCGGGUGAUAACGUUUUGGCAUUAAUUAAUGCACAAAAUCCCAUUCAAACACAACUGUGGAUGAUAUUGCGCAGAUCUGUGAAUGGCAAUACGCUGCACUUAUCGGUGGCUAUCGAUGACAACUGAAUGCAAGCGUUCGCUGCCAGUGACGGAAAUUUUUGCAAUUGCCUUGACCGAAUCUGCUUUAAUCUUAAUAAUUGUACAGAUGAUAUCAGUUGCAACAGGCAGCAGUCGAUCCAGCUUUAUAAAUAACUGAAAUGAAAGUAAAGUUAGUUCACGUAACAAUAUGUUUGACAGUGUCUAAAUUAUUUGUGUACUCCCUUCACUAGCACUUCUGAUUGGAAUCAGCUAUGUCCAACUGGGAAUGCAAUGGGCAACUAGACUUCUCCUAAGUUCUUAUCUGAAUUGGAGGUACUUGCACAGUUUAAAAGGCAAAAGGUCUCCGAAGUUAUACCUACUGCAGAGUAGCUAAAAAUAUUGAAUGUUAUUUAAUAAUAAUAUUGCACAAAAGAAAAGUCGAAAUAUCUGGAAAAUGUUUAGUUGUCGUGUGAUCCCUAUCGACUUUGAAUGCGAAUCGGACGAUUGGUCAAAUGUUGAGCCAAAAAUUGUAAAAUUUAACCAUACCUGGACCAUUGAAAGCUUCGGAGAGGCAUGGCAACUCCAAGAUAACUGGGAAUCCAUGCAAUUCCCCACGGAGAAAAGUAAUAAAUUGAAAUGGCGAUUGAAGCUGGAACUCAUCAGGAAGGAGGAUAAUGCACCCGAUUAUUUUAAGCUGACCUUAGACAGGAAUGAGUACUUUUUUGAGCAGGCAAAGAUCAUCUGCUCAAUAAUGAAUCACGAGGAAACGGAACAAAGAAAAUUGUGUAAAGUGAUCAGUAAUAAACCGAUUUGCUUUGAGCCCUUCAUAUAUUGCAGCAAACUCUUCGACGCGGAGAAAGAUUAUUUACCCAACGAUCAGUUGACAAUUUGUUGUCAAAUUCGAUUGCUCACAGAUACCGUUUGCACCUGUGGCACAGCGAAUCCCAUCAAAGUGCCCGAAAACAAAGUAGCUGAAGACUUUGGUAAGCUUUUCAACAAUGAACAGUUCAGUGACGUUAAGCUAAUGUCGAAUGGGCAUAAGAUAUAUGCACAUAAGAAUAUUUUAUCAGCUCGCAGCCAGUUCUUUGAGGCGAUGUUUCAAAAGGAACCACAGGAUUGUGUGAUCCUUAACGAUAUGGAUGCAAAGAUCAUGAUGGCAUUAGUUCGUUUCAUCUACACCGACGAAGUGACCAAUCUGGACAAGCACGACAAGCAACUGUUGGAGGCGGCUCAUAAGUUCAAACUGGCCAAACUGAAAGCUUUGUGUGAGAAAUCUCUGUUUACGAAACUUUGCACAGACAAUGCAGCUGCAACAUUUGUCUUAGCCGAUAAGUACGAUGCACUUCAACUGAAAGGCCGUACCAUUGAUUUUAUAAACAAGUAUAUGGAUGCAGUGAAAAAAACUGGUGGCUGGCGUGAAUUGUCCCGGCAUAAUUCUCGCUUGGUAAGCGAUAAUUUUGUACUCGUUGGUGGCCAUCGGUUCUUAGUGAAUCCAGAUAAAGCAAAUUACAGUAAAUAUUCUUGCGAGAAA